GUUAGACUUGCUAUGUUAUAUGAAGCUGAAUGUUAAUUAUAACUCGAGCACAUGACCAAAAGAUAAGAGUUGCAGAGAUGAGGAUAUUAAGGUGAAUGCGUUGACAUACGAGAAUAAUAGAAUAAGAAAUGAGAGCAUUAGAAAGAAAGUCGGAGCUGUAUCUAUUGAGGGAAAAUUUCGAGAGACACGUUUAAGAUGUUGCGGGCAUGUACUUAAACGAUCAAUAAAUGUCCCAGUUAGAUUAAUGAAAUUAUGACAAAUAUACAUAUCAAACGAGAAAGAGGAACAUUAAAAAAGAGUUGAUUAGUAACAAUAAAACAAGAUAAAAUUUAUUUAAGUAUAAAUGAUGAUAUUAUAGGAAAUAGAAUCCAACAACGUAAAAGGAUCUAGAUAGCCGAUCCCAUCUAGUGGGAUAAGAUUUAAUUGUUAUUAUUGUAUUUUUAAAAGAAAAUGUACUCUUUUGAUCAUUUUAAUAAUUAAGUGUGACUUUUAAUUUUUGACCGUUUAUUUUUUAUAUAAUUUUUUAAUUUAUAGUAUAAAAGAGAUUGAUGGCAAGUAAUAUUGAAUUUGGGAUAACUAGUUUAGUUUCAUAGAAGUAGCAUCUUAUGAUUAUACACUCUAUUUGGAAUAAAAAUUAUAAAUAUAUCUGAAUGGGGGAACUAUGAAUGUUUGGUAAUAAUUUAAUACCCUUUCGUGUUUAAUUUGUAAUAUAAGGUUAUGCAUUAUGAUACAACAUCUUAGCUAUGUCAGUAAUAUAUUUUUAUAUUUUCAGUAAUUUUAUUUUUAUAUUUUUGUAAGUAGCACCAAAUUACUCUUAUAGUUUCAUCACAAUUUUAUUAAUGUCUUUUUUUUUAAUCUUUGACAAGAAUGUGUGGCCUGCAGUGCAAUAAUAGUGAAACUAUAUGGUGCAUUUUGAAAAUAAAAAAAAAACGUAUGGGAGGGAGAAUGGAAUUUUUUUUGGAGUUUAUAAAUAGCCAUCACACGUGAGCAACUGUCUCACUCCAUCUCCACCGUCCAUCGAAAAAAUUAGAAAGCUGCAAUUUGUGAUCGAGGAGUUCAAACUUGUUCGCCCUCUCGCUUUGGCUUCUUUUGGCUUCGAGUUCGGUGGUUGUGAUGGCGACGGCCUCGGCGAAGGGCGCGCGCAACCACCAGAGAUUCUGCGCGCCGCCUCCGUCCCCGAUCGCAACAGGCAAGGGGCUGCGGUCUGCCGCCGCCGACGAUCGCGUUCUCUCCGACUUCCUCGACGUCUCGCUCCGCGUCCCCGAUCUUUCCCUCCCGCUGUCCCACUUCCCCUCGAAGUCGCCGGUUAAGGUUCCGGCAGAGGUCGAUCUUGACGCCCUAGUGUCCGGAGAUGAAUACGCGGUCCGAGGAGUGCUCGACGCGGCCGCGGAGAUCGGGGCGGUGUGCGUGGUCGGAGGCGAGGCAUUGGGCGAGAAUGUGAGGGCCGCGAUCGAGGUGGGCAAGGGGGUAUUCGAGACUCGGGAUGGCGAGACUUCGAGGCCGGAUCUUCACAAGAAGUGGUUCGGGCGGAGGGAUGGAAUCGUGGAUGAGUUCAUUUGGUACCGAAUGCGGAGCCUGGAGAUGGAGCGGCUUCUGCAGCGGACCUGGCCUGAAUCGUAUUGGGCCCUUAGAGAUAAAAUGGAGUCUGUUGCCACAAGGCUAGAGACUAUUGCGGAGUGCAUUGCUUGCAUUCUUUCUGAGCAUGCCACAAGUCAAGCACCGUCGAAAAGAAUUCGCGAGGCUCAAUCAGCACUCUAUCUGAGAAAGCAAAAAUCGCCUUACGGGAGAAAUAACACAAGGGAGUCGGCCCACACCAGUUCCCAUCAUCGUCAUGCUUUGAAUCUCAACAUUUGUGGGGAUAACCAUGAAUUCUGCAUCCGUCAUCCAGAAGGCUCUGCGAUUAUCAUGUUGCCCGCGGGUGGCAUUCUAGUUACGAUCAGUAAAAGACUUCAGGAAUUUUACAAUGGAGAGUUUAAGAGUGCCUCAGCAGAAGCACUUUUUCAGCCAGCAGACGAUCUCUUUGCCUCAUUCUCGCUUGAAUACAUGUGCUCUCCACUAGUUUUGUCUCAUGCACCAGACGAUGGAGCCAGGACAAUUUCAUUAAGUGAUCAGUUGUUAAUGGCACUUGUUCUUAUUAUAUUGUGCCACCUCUGGACCAGUGUGUUCUCCUAGUACAUACCAUUCUCUUGGUGUUUUAAUUUCUUUCUUUUUUAAAAAAAAAAGUUAGGAAAGUGCUUCAUCGUCCACCUUUGGCUUCAUAUGGAGAAGCAGGAUAGAUUUUCAUGUAUCAGCCUUCAUCUUGAAAACUUGACAGCGUCAGAACUUUUGAUUUUGAGCUUGGUUGUUUA